GUUUAUUUGGGACUUUGGGAUGUGUGGUUUUUGGGGUUUGAAUGAAUAUGACCAUAUUUGGUUAUUUUUAUUCUGAUCUUGAAAACCUCUGCAAACUGGAUCUUGAUGCAGGGUUUUGGUCGUAUGAUUCCCUUAGAAAGUUUGGGAUUUCAUCUUCUACCUUUUCACUACAGAGAGGGAAUUUGUUUAUUAGUAGGAACAACUGUUUUUGAGAAUCCAUUAAUGGCGGAGGAUGAUGAUAGAUCAAGAACUGAUCUUAAUGAAAAAUAUGUUAAUAACGAGGAGGCUUCCACCAGUUAUUAUUGUAAGGAUUGUUUUGCUAAUAGUAGUACCGUCGUCCAAGAAGAUGAUGGUCAUAAAGACUGGCUUCAGUUGACCGUCGGCGGCGGCGGCGGAAAUAACUCAGCCACCGUGAGCCACGACGGUCGGGAUCAUGAGGAGCAUGGUAGGACGACUCGCCUAGGACCCGUGGAGCUGGAUCUACUGCCGUCAGGAAGAUCAAGUGGAAGUUAUGCUAGUACUGCGGCGGAGCUCCGGCUUCCGCUGCCUAUUCCGCCGCCAACCGCCGUGGGGUAUAUUAGUUCCACGUUAUCUAAUUAUAAUAACUUCUUGCAUCAUCCGCCGUGGGCUUUUUGGCCCGUUAUGGCUACUCCGCCGCAGGGGCUUUCCGUAGCGGGGUCGUCAUCCUCGUCGCCGUUUUUAUACGCGCCGCCGCUGACGUGUUCCCCUUCUCGGCCGGCUGCAUUACCGCUACUCUAUGCCGGCGCCGGAGUGGUUUCCCCGGGCUUUGAUUGUAGAGUGAUUGAUCCUCCACGACGUCAACAUUCUGGUAUAUGGUUUUCGCUACAAGCAUCUCAAAAUCAAAGAAAAGAACCUUAUUUGCGGCAGAUAUCCAAGAAAUACAUAAGAAUCAAAGAUGGAAGAAUGACAAUCCUAUUAGUGCUAAAGUACCUGGUCAAUAAGCUACGUCUAGAAAACGAAUCCGAGUUGACUGUCUUGUUAAUGACUUCGAGGGAGAUAUAUGGCUGAUCCAAAAUUCUUCGAAUCCGGAUAGAGAUAACAUGUAGAGGGCAAGAGCUACUACCUUCCUUAACAUUGCAACAUGUAAGAGAUGAGAUAUGGAUGAGAAAUUAUCUUUUACAUCCAAACCUCUUAACUUUUGUUGCUACUAAUCAUCAUGUUAUGGUGCUACUAUAUGGUAGAAAAUAACCAAGUGCUUAGAUAUUGUCAUUAUUAUAUAGAUAUUGUUAUUAUUGUAAAAAUAAAUAUCAUCAUGAUCAUUAUUUUUCUAGCUUAUUGUAAUAAUAUUUUUUAUUUUAAUAUUCAUGUAAUAUUAAUGACACGCUGAACAAUUGAUCUCCUCUUUUUUAGUCCUCCCUAUUUACAAAAUGAUACUCCGAUUUUAAUAUGGC